GGCCCUCGGCUGGGCUGUCGCGGCGCAGGCGCAAUGGUGGACUCCGCCGCGGGAGUGUCAAUCUCCUAGCUCUCUUACAGCGGGAAGACAGGUAUGGCGGAGGCGAUGGAUCUGGGUAAAGACCCCAAUGGGCCCACUCACUCCUCCACUCUAUUCGUGAGGGGAGACGGGAGCGCUAUGUCGUUUUACGUGCGGCCCAGCCCGGCCAAGCGCCGGCUGUCGACGCUCAUCCUGCACGGUGGCGGCACCGUGUGCCGGGUGCAGGAGCCCGGGGCCGUGCUGCUGGCCCAGCCCGGGGAGGCGCUGGCUGAGGCCUCGGGCGACUUCAUCUCCACGCAGUACAUCCUAGACUGUGUGGAGCGCAACGAGAGGCUGGAGCUGGAGGCAUACCGGCUGGGACUGAGCGAGCAGGCUCCAGACACAAAGCCCGGGGCUUCCACCGAGGGCUCCGCGGAGCUGGAGCCUCAGCCUCUGACCGGGCGCAUCGCCUACACGCAUGCGGACGACGUGGCCAUCCUGACCUACGUGAAAGAAAAUGCCCGCUCGCCCAACUCGGUCACAGGCAACGCCUUGUGGAAAGCGAUGGAAAAGAGCGCGCUCACGCAGCACUCCUGGCAGUCGCUCAAGGACCGCUACCUCAAGCACCUGCGGGGCCAGGGGCACAAGUACCUACUGGGGGACGCCCCCGUCAGCCCAUCCUCCCAGAAGCUCAAGCGGAAGGCGGAGCAGGACCCCGAGGCCGCGGAUAGCGGUGGUGAGGCUUUCACCUCCGGGGAUCGGGGGCUGGGCAGCCUGUCCAUCAGUGGCUGUUUUUGGCGCCACUGGCAUAGCUCAACCCCUCCUUUGUUGAGGUCCGGGUACGAGGGAGAGUACGUCCAGAGGUAUCUGGAAGAGACCAGACUGAACCAGGCCGUGGGGGAGAGCCCUGACUUUGAAAUACAUAUAACAAUGUGUGAUGAUGAUCCUCCCACACCCGAGGAAGAUUCCGAAACACAGCCAGAUGAGGAGGAAGAGGAGCCAAAAGUUUCUACACAGGAAGUGGGAGCUGCCAUCAAAAUUAUCCGGCAACUAAUGGAAAAGUUUAAGUUGGAUCUAUCAACAGUUACACAGGCCUUCCUGAAAAACAGUGGUGAGCUGGAGGCCACUUCCUCCUUUUUAGAGUCUGGUAAGAGAUCUGACGGUUAUCCAAUCUGGUCCCGGCAAGAUGAUUUAGAUUUGCAGAAGGAUGAUGAGGACACUAGAAAUGCAUUGAUCAAAAAAUUUGGAGCUCAGAAUGUUGCUCGGAGGAUUGAAUUCCGAAAGAAAUAACGGACAAGAUAACAGCGGAUGAUGAUAUAAAUAUCUUGUGUCCAUUGAAACUGACCAGUACUGCUGUUCUGCGAGCCCCAGAUUUUGUAGCCAAGCAGUGUUACGUAGCAGGAUAAAGUAAAAGAAACUGGAUCUAGAGUGGUCCAUGGCAAGUAUCUCUGUGUUUAUGAUAGGGAAAUCUAAACCAGGAGGUUGGUCUGUAUAUUAGUAGAUUAGCCUUUGUUGGAAGGCAACCCCUGUUGUGUUGGUGACAGGAGCCUAGUGACAGAAAUCAAAGGUCUUUUCAGGCCUGGUGAGUAAGUAAGCUCGUCUUUUGGCAGAAGUUGUUUCAGAUGAAGAGUCUAGAAAUAAGAUUUAAUGGCAAAGCUUAUAACAUGGACUGUUCCAAACCAGCCCAUCUCCCAGGGAGCUCUGAUUUCUACUUCGUUGAAAAUUCCCAUAUUCAGCUUCCUAAUGGUGUUUGAAAACCCCACCCCUCUUCUGGCUGUUGCUUUUUGGUCUCAGUCAAGUCGCUAGUAGUAUUUGCUUACUUACCACUCAGUUUUGUGUACAAUAAACUCCGACUUGCGGGAGUGUCCGGUCUUUUAACAUUUAUAACAGGUGUCAUAUACAAACUUCAUAGUCAAGAAUCAAGGAAAAAAAUCAAGUUACACACACACACACACACACACACACACCUCAAAAAAUUUGUAUGCUCUUAAGUUUACAAUUCUGUGUUCUCUUUUUGUAGCUAUCCUCAGCUAUGUGGGAGCUGCUGGUGGGAUACUGUUAACUGUGAUGUGUUGUUUUUAAAUUUUAUCAAACAUAAGUUUUCCGCUGAAAAUUGUGUAUACUUAAAAUUUAAUGGAUUGUUCCGCUUUGUGUUGCUAUUAUUAUUCAAAAUAAAUACAAUUUUGUGUUUGAG